AUGCCCUUCUGCACGAUCAGGAUAGAGAAUGACCAACAUCCUCCCUAUCAUCCACCUCAGAGUUUCUUGACAUUGAUACCGCCAUGGCCAAACAACAAGAAGAAAUCCCCCAACGAAGUCCUGAUCAAGGCUAAUAACAUAGCGCUCAACUUCCGCGGGUUUGCUGUUGCAACUGGGAAGUAUCCUUUUCCCAUCAAGGACAAUGUGGUGCCCAGCUCCGAUCUCUCAGGCGAAGUUGUUUCCGUGGGUAGCCACGUUGAUGACUUCGACGAAGGAGACAAGCACCACAGCCUCUGCGGUUGCUAUGAUGGUGUACUCCGACAGUACAUCGUAUUGCCUAGUUCGGCGCUCGUUAAGAUCCCUUCUGGCACUGAACUCAGCUUCGCGCAACUGAGUGCCCUGGUGUGCACGGGGACCACAGCGCGGAACGCAUUGUACGGCAACGUCCCGUUGAAGCCAGGACAACCUGUGCUCCUCUUUGGUACCGGUGGGGUUUCCGUCACUGGACUCAUCCUCGCAAAUGCCGCUGGCACUACCACAAUCAUUACGUCUUCGUGUGAUGAUGAGCUCGCGCAAGAGGUCCUCAAGAUCACCAGUGGCCAUGGUGCAAAUUUUGUCCUCGAGAAUGGCGGCGCUGGAACGAUCGUGCAGAGCCUUGACGCGGUGGCGUAUGGUGGGAACAUCGCUGUCAUUGGAUUCCUUGCUUCUUGUCCGCAGGUGGAGAUGCCAGAUUUUGCGGCGCUUGCGCUUGGUAAGGGUGCGGUAGUCAGGGGUAUCAUGGUAGGAAGUAAGCAGCAGUUGGAGGAUGUCAUGCGUUUCGUGACCUCGAAACCCCUCAACGUGCCAGACGAGAAGAUUUUUGGGUUUGGGCGGGAUGAGAUGUGA